AGUUAGCGUCGUCAGCUACCAGCAGAUAUCUUUGUAGAAAACCAAAGGAACAGAACAGCUACGUGGCCACCACAAGCUAAGCUAAGCUAAGCUAAUUAAGCUGCAGCUGUCAGCGUCGUCGUCGUCGUCGUCGCCGCCGCCGCGAUGAUCACCGGGCGGGACAUCUACGACGUCCUGGCGGCGAUCGUGCCGCUGUACGUGGCCAUGUUCCUGGCGUACGGGUCGGUGCGGUGGUGGGGCAUCUUCACCCCGGACCAGUGCUCGGGCAUCAACCGCUUCGUGGCCGUCUUCGCCGUGCCGCUGCUCUCCUUCCACUUCAUCUCCAGCUGCGACCCCUACGCGAUGCAGUACCGGUUCCUGGCCGCCGACUCGCUCCAGAAGCUCGUCAUCCUGGCGGCGCUGGCGGUGUGGCACAACGUGCUCUCCCGCUACCGCCGUGGCGCGGCGGCGUCGUCGCUGGACUGGACCAUCACGCUCUUCUCGCUGUCCACGCUGCCCAACACGCUGGUGAUGGGCAUCCCGCUGCUCCGCGCCAUGUACGGCGACUUCUCGGGCAACCUCAUGGUGCAGAUCGUGGUGCUGCAGAGCGUCAUCUGGUACACGCUCAUGCUCUUCCUCUUCGAGUACCGCGGCGCCAAGGCGCUCAUCUCCGAGCAGUUCCCGCCGGACGUCGGCGCCAGCAUCGCCUCCUUCAGGGUCGACUCCGACGUCGUCUCACUCAACGGCCGCGAGGCGCUGCAGGCCGACGCCGAGGUCGGCAGCGACGGCCGCGUCCACGUCGUCAUCCGCCGCUCCGCGUCCGCGUCCACCACGGGCGGCGGCCACGGUGGUGCGCGCUCCGGCGUGGGGGGGUACCGCCCCUACGGCCCGUCCUCGGCCAUGACCCCGCGCGCCUCCAACCUCACGGGCGUCGAGAUCUACUCGCUGCAGACGUCGCGGGAGCCCACGCCCCGCGGCUCCAGCUUCAACCAGUCCGACUUCUACGCCAUGUUCAACGGCAGCAAGAUGGCCAGCCCGCUCGCGCAGCCCGGCGCACGCGCGCCGGGGCUCGACGAGCAGGUGGCCAACAAGUUCGCGUCUGGGAAAGGCGGCGACGCGACGGCGGCGUACCCCGCGCCAAACCCCGGCAUGAUGCCACCGCCACGGAAGAAGGAGCUCGGGGGCUCCAACUCCAACUCCAACAAGGAGCUGCACAUGUUCGUGUGGAGCUCCAGCGCGUCGCCCGUGUCGGAGGCCAACCUCCGCAACGCCGUCAACCACGCCGCCUCUACCGACUUCGCUGCCGUGCCGCCGCCACCGAUGCCCGUCGACGGCGCCACCCCAAAAGGCGUGAGUGGGACUGUGACGCCGGCCAAGAAGCCGGACCCCGCGGCCAACGGCGGCGACCUGGAGAUCGAGGACGGCCUCAAGAGCCCCGCGACGGGCCUGGCCGCCAAGUUCCCGGUGUCGGGCUCGCCGUACGUGGCACCGCGCAAGAAGGGCGCCGACGCGCCGGGGCUGGAGGAGGCCGCGCACCCGAUGCCGCCGGCGAGCGUGAUGACGCGCCUCAUCCUCAUCAUGGUGUGGCGGAAGCUCAUCAGGAACCCCAACACCUACUCCAGCCUCAUCGGCCUCGUUUGGUCCCUCGUCUCGUUCAGGUUUAACAUCCAGAUGCCCUCAAUUAUAAAGGGAUCAAUAUCUAUAUUGUCCGAUGCAGGGCUAGGCAUGGCUAUGUUCAGCUUAGGUCUGUUCAUGGCUCUGCAACCAAAGAUCAUCUCUUGUGGCAAGAGGGUGGCGACGUUCGCCAUGGCGGUGAGAUUUUUGACUGGUCCGGCAGUGAUCGCGGCUACCUCCAUCGCCAUUGGGCUCCGGGGAGUGCUCCUGCACGUUGCCAUCGUUCAGGCUGCACUUCCACAAGGCAUCGUUCCCUUUGUGUUUGCAAAGGAAUACAACUGCCAUCCUCAAAUACUUAGCACAGCGGUUAUAUUCGGGAUGCUCAUCGCGCUUCCGAUCACGAUACUCUACUAUGUUCUUCUUGGAAUUUAGAUUUCUGGAUAGGCAGAAGUAGGAAUUCUAGGAAUGUAGAAGCUAAUGUAUGCAAAAUGAAACAAAUUGGAUAUCUUGAAGAAUGCAUGCAAAGUGAGAAAAAUCGGAUAUCAGACCUGAAGAUCAUCUGAGCAGAGAAAUAGGGGAAGCUAAAUAGGACCCUAGAGAGAAAUGCAGAGGGAAAAAAUCCCUGAUUCUAUUUUUUAUUUUGUUACUGUUUUAGAUUCAAAGUAAAGGUUAGAGCUUUGAGUACGGGAGAUUGAACCGUUAACCAGGCAACUUGGUACUAAAGAUUCCUACCAGUUGAUUCCUUUGUCCAGAGACACAUGAUCUGCAAAUUUCUGCCUGAUCUCAUACGAAUUGGGAUAAAGUAAUAGAAGUGGUUCUCAAAUUGCAUGGCAA